CAGCGAACAGCCCCCGAGUACUCCGUAAAGGCUCGGGUUUCGCGAGCGGGGCAGACAAAGAAACCGAUGGGCGAUGGCCAAGUUCCAACUAUUAUAGUAUAUAACUGGCCUUUCACAUUCCCCCUACCCAACUGACCGCUCCUCACCAGUCGUAACACGCACAAUCAAUCCACGCCCUCCCAACCGCCAAUUCAAAUCACCCAUCAUGUCCACUCCCGACGCAGGCAUCUUCGGAAGCUCCACCGCACCCGCGAAAGCGCCCGGGGUGGCCGGCAGGACCUGCCUCGUCACGGGCGGGGCGGGCGGCCUGGGCAAAGCCGUGGCGGAGGCGUUCCUCCGCGCCGGCGCAAACGUGGUCAUUUGCGACAUCCACGAGGAGCGCCUCGCGCAGACCGCAAAGGAGCUGGGCGAGCUGGGACCGCUUGCCUCUUUUGUCGUGGACGUCACGGUCGAGAAGCAGGUGCGGCAGCUCUUUGACGACACCGCCGCCAGAUUCGGCAAGGUCGACAUCCUGAUCAACAACGCCGGGCUCCCCGACCGAUUCCAGCCCGUGGGCGAUGUGGACAUGGACCUCUGGGACAAGGUCAUAGCCGUCAACUUGACGGCGCCAGUGCUGAUGAGCAAGUUCGCCGUCAAGAGCAUGGCGACUGGCACCACGGGCGGCUGCAUCAUCAACAUGGCUUCGGUCGCAUCAAAGGCUGGAGUGCUCUCAGGGGUGGCGUACGUGGCGAGCAAACACGGGCUCCUCGGCAUCACAAAGAGCACCGCGGUGCAUUAUCGGGACAAGGGCAUUGGAUGUGUGGCCUUGCUGAUUGGGCUCAUGGCGGAGACGAAUAUGAGUGAACACAUCACCGAUAUUCAUCAAGAGGCGUGGGCAAGGGCGAGCAAAGUCAUGUUGGCGGCCGACAUGAAGCCGAUCAGCAUGGAAACCCUGGCUGGAUAUUGCGUCAAGCUUGCAGAGGACAACUGCAGUCUGUUCAACGGUUCUUGCGUCACUGUUGACGGAGGGUUUUCCACCGUUCUGGGCUAAUAUCGUCCGGAGAUGAUGAAUUUAUGUCAUGUUUGAAAGAUGGACUUGAAACCAGACCACGGCUUCCCAACAAGCAUUGUGUAAUUUAUAGCCGGGUAAAUAUUUGUUACCUCGAAAAAUAAUUGUAACAGAUUCAUUCCUGUACCUAACUACUUGGUUAAUCAAUCUUAUACCUACCUCGUA